GAAGGAGAAGAAGAAGAGUAAUAACAAGAAGAAGAAGAGAAGAAGAAGAAGAAGAAGAAGAAGAAGAAGAAGAAGAAGAAGAAGAAGAAGAAGAAGAAGAAGAAGUACUGCUGAACAACAGUAUUCCUGUCACUGCUGCUGCUGGAUGAGAGUGUGAGCUGUGCUGAGGAGGAAAUGAAGCGCUCCCUGGGGAUCUGCGUGCUGCUCUGCUCCGCUCUCAUCGGAUUGGGAUCAGCCAUCCGCUGCUACAGCUGUAAGGACUACACAGGAAGCUGCUCCAAACAAAGAGAGUGCAGCUAUGACGACGCCUGUCUCACCCUCAGCGAGAGAGGUGGAAUGACUUUCCGCCAGUGUCUGAAGUAUUCAGACUGUGAGUAUGGACGCCUGGGCCAGAUGUUCCCCCAGGUUUCCAGCUUCACCUUCAAGUGCUGCAACUCGGACCUGUGUAACUCCGCCCCCUCCUCUGCAGCGAGCUCUGUGAUUGGUCUUCUGGCCUCAGCAGCAGUCAUGUGGUGGUGCAUCCACUGAAGAGAGCUGCAGCUUGACGGCGCCGCCUGUGGCCGGAACAUGUAACACCAGCUUCUCUAACAGUCACUGAUCAAUACGUUCAUCAAUAUAUUCAUCUGAUCAGUAUAUUCAGUCACCUGAUCGAUAUGUUCAUCUGAUCAAUACAUUCAGUACUCUGAUCAAUACGUUCAUCUGAUCAAUACAAUACUUAUAACAGAUAAAUAUUCAUGUGUAUAUAAAUAUUUUGUCUGAAGCAUUUCAGCUGCUGAUUUAUUGAUUGAUUGAUUAUUAAUCUGAAUAGUUUGACUGAUCAAUAAAGUUUCUUUAACUUCUGUCUAUGAACUUAAUCAAUAAACAAACAAACUGGAAA